AUGAGAAUCGAGACGUGUUAUUUCUGCUCGCAGCCGUGCUAUCCCUCCAAGGGUAUAACAUUCGUCCGCAACGAUGCAAAAGUUUUCAAAUUCUGCCGCUCGAAAUGCCACAAGAACUUCAAAAUGAAGCGUAACCCGCGAAAACUCGCCUGGACCAAAGCCUUCCGCAGCGCGCACGGAAAGGAAAUGCCCAUCGACGGCACUCUCGCCAACUUCGCCCAACGCCGCAACAUCCCCGUCCGCUACAACCGUGACUUGGUACAAAAGACGCUGCAAGCCAUGUCUCGUGUGCAGGAGAUUCGCGACCGCAGAGAACGACAAUUCUACAAGGAACGCAUGAAGGGCAACAAGGCGCGUCAGCUCGAGGCCGAUCGGAAACUUGUCGCCGAGAACCAGCACUUGCUUCCGCCGCAAUACCGCGAUCAGGUCGAGCAGGCUCUACAAGAGAUGCCGGUGGAGCAGGUACAGGAGGAGACGAUGGAAGAGGACAUGGAAGAGGAUAUGGAGGAAGAGUUGCCGUUGGAAGAGCAAGAGAGACUUGCACCCAAGAAGAGCGCGCUCAAGCAAAAGAAAAAGCAGAAAAUGGUCCGAGGGAAGGGUGUGGAAGCCAUGGAUGUCGAUGGUUAA